CACAAGCAAGCGUUGAUAUUCCCACUUUCACUAUCGCUUCGUUGACAAGUGGUCGGGACACUGCUCGCGAUUUCGCGCAAUCUGCAGAGGCGGCGGGCAAUCAUGUCAUGGCUUUUGGAGCGUUCGCAUCGCACGCCAUACGACUUGGGCCUCUUGGGCGUCGACCAGGCCUUCCUGGCCUACGACCUGGGCAACAGGUCCACCGCUUUUCUCUACACACUGUCAGAGGAUUGUAAAAGGUGUCCCUAUCAAUUUGAGAGAAAGCUUGAUCAGAAUGAAGGAGCCAACUUUACAAAAAUCAGCACAAAGCAUGCGUGGAAAUUUCUUUUCACCGAAGACGACGGCGGCAUGUUCAUACAAAACAGCUCAAGCCAAUUUUGCGAACUAGAUGCUCAGCUAGGACAGUUUGGCGUGUACAAGAUUAAUGCAGAGAGUUGUGAUGUUGAAACUCUCUCCCAGCCGGUCAACAUCUACACGCCUCUCAUGUUCGUCACGUCAGUACUUCUGCUCGGCGGCAUAUUUAUUGGCUUUUGCGCAACGAUUUACAAUCAUUGCAAAAAUAGAAGACGAGAAUUGGAGCUGAGGACAGACGAAAUGAAACACCAAAUUGCUGAGGCAAAGCGGAAAAGAGUUUCAUCUCUGGACACUUUUCGAGGGAUCAGCAUUCUGCUGAUGAUAUUUGUCAACGACGGAGCUGGCGGCUAUCAAAUUUUAGAGCACGUAACGUGGGAUGGAUUCCAACUUGCAGACUUCGUUUUCCCUUGGUUUCUCUGGAUAAUGGGAGUUUGCAUACCGAUAUCAGUGAAAUCUCAAAUAAAAAGGACUGGCAGCAGGUUGAAGGUUAUCACCUCAAUUUUUAAGAGGUCGUGCAUUUUGUUUGGCCUUGGCGUGAUGCUGAACACUUUGGGAGUGGGACCAAAGCUUGAGACUCUACGGGUUUUUGGAGUUUUACAGCGAUUUGGCGUUUUGUACUUCUUGACUGCGGGGAUCUGCGCAAUUUGUUGGCCGACAAAUCAAAAAACGGAUGGCAAAUUUCUGGAUCUUGCUGCUCUCACCCCCCAAUGGCUGAUCCACCUGGCACUACAUUUGGUGCAUUUGUGCCUCAUCUUCCUACUUAACGUUCCAGGAUGCCCAAAUGGUUACUUAGGCCCAGGCGGCAUCACCGACGAUGGGCUUUAUCAAAAUUGCACUGGAGGAGUUUCUGGCUAUUUGGACAAAAUGAUUUUGGGAGAGGUUCACUUAUACCAGAACCCAACAACAAAAUUCGUGUACAAAACUGGACCUUUUGAUCCCGAAGGUCCUUAUGGUUGCUUGCCGUCGAUUUUAACCGUUUUUCUUGGAGUUCAAGCAGGGACGACCUUACUAAUGUAUAAGAAGUCUGUUCAAAGGAUUCUGCGAUGGGUUGCAUGGGGCGGCAUUUCCCUUGCUUUAGCAUAUUUGAUCUCGUUCGUGAUCCCCAUCAAUAAGAAUCUGUGGUCAACGUCCUUCAGUCUGGCAACAAGCGGUGCUGCCUUCUUGAUCCUCUCAGUUUGCUACCUUUUGGUGGAUAAGUUCAGACUUUGGAAUGGAGCUCCCUUCCUGUACCCUGGGAUGAAUGCAACAAUUAUGUACAUAGGGCAUAUGGUGGCUUACCAGUUGUGGCCCUGGCACUGGAGUUUGGGACCGAUGGGCACGCACUUGGUGUUGCUGAUCGAGGCGCUGUGGGGCGUUGGACUGUGGACCCUGAUCGCGUUCAUCCUUUACCGAAAGAAAUGGUUUCUUUCCAUCUAAUCAAAGUAGCCAGUGUUUUGUACUCAAAAUAGAUCACAUCUUAUUUAUUGUGGCGUGUUAACAAUUCCCUGAAUAAAUAUAAUUUCUUUUUGCUCUUA